UGCGGGGGCAGCGCUGCCGCUCUGCCUGCGCCCUGGUGCCCCGGGCGGCCGGUCCGCCUCCGCUGCGCCUCGGGCGCCGGCUCGGAAGGGGGUAGCCGCGGGGGGGGGGGGCGGCCGUGGGCUCGCCCGGGGCUAGCCCGGCGGGGUUAGGAUGUCCUGGCUAACGAGAGGAGGGAAGGAGGAGGCGGAAGGCUCCCUGAGCCCGGAGGAGGGGGGCCUGCUGGUUGAGGCCAUGCUGGAGCACGGGGGAGACCCGUGGGACUAUAAGGAGGUUGGGCAGGAGCCCACCCUGAAAGCGGCGGAGAGGCUGUGGCUGAAUUACGUGGCCGCCAGCCACCCCAAGGGGGAGAAGAAGUGCGCGGCCCUGCAGUGGCUGCUGUUCGACCUGGCCCGGGUGCUGCAGGCGGCGGUGGAGGAGAAGGAGCGCUGCAUCCAGGGCCUGCGGGGCGACCUGCGGGCGGCUCGCGGGGACGCCCUGGCGCUGAGCCGGCAGGCCGAGCAGCUGCGGCAGCUGAGGGAGGCGCUGGGGGCCGAGGCGGCCGAGAACGCCCGGCUGAGGAGGAAGGUGCAGUGCCUGGGCACGCUGCUGUCGCUGGGGAAGGGCGUGGAUCACGGGAAGGCGGUGGCGCUCAGCAAGGCGGACGGGGACCCCGAGGCGUUGGGUGGGGACGGCUGGAGCGCGGCGGCGCCGGCCGCGGGCGCCGCGGGUGCCGGGGAAGCGCAGCCGGCGGAGGCGGGGAGAGGGCGGGGAGCGGAGGAUGUGGCCGGGAAGGAGAAGGCGUGGAGGAAGCAGAAGGAGGGGUGGCCCGUGUGGGUGAACCGGCUGUGGGCCUCGGAGCACUGCGCGCCCUUCACGCGCGAGGCGGCCAGGCGGGCGGUGGCCGCCAUCGGGCUGCCGUGGCCCAAGGUGAGGGCCAUUACCCGGGCCCUGCCGGCCGCCGAGACGCUGGGCGGGGAGAUCUUGAGGCUGGUGAUCAGAAACCUGGGCGAGUACGAGCCCCUCAAAGACAACACGGCGGGGGAGCCCUGGAGAGAUGGCCAGGAGGCGUCAGCCCACGUGUGUGGGAAUGUCUUACUCCGAGUGUUGAAGCAAAGGAAGAAACCGGUGACCCCCGACUUUGACGUCUUUGGGGUGAACGUGGAGCAGGGGGACGUGGGGGUGCUGGCCUGCCGUGCUCCCGAGCCGCAGAAGGCGCUUUUCAUCAGCCUGGGGUCUACUUUAAUCGGCCGCCCCCUUAGUGAAUGCAUGGCUACCUUGGAGAACAUGGGGACCCUGAUGGGAGCCGAGGGAGGGGGGAAAGGGAUGGCAGAGAAGCACGGCAUGGAGGCGAAGGGGAGGAAAUACAUUCCCAGAGGGACAAUUUGGAGGUACUUGAUAAGCCAGGGGGUGAGUGAAGGAGAGCUGGAUAGUCAGCCCACAGGAGUUUUAAUUGCCAAAAUGAAGAAAAUUCUUCAGGAAAAGGGGAUGAAGCAAGAGGAGAUUUGGGAAAAACUGACUCGGAUGAAUUCUUCAGCUCCUCCCCCUAUCCCGAAGAAAAAGCUACACCCACCCUCAGGGGACCUUCAAGAUUAGCAGCCCCAACCCCUGUUGUCAGUGCGAUUAACCUCCACUAGUUAUCCUCCACCGCACUGACCUGGUGUGCAGGAGGAGAGGCUGCGUGGAGGUACGACAGCUGUUGAAGGGAGGUGGUGGGAAGUUUCUUAAUUGCUAUGGGAUCAAAGACUAUGUUAUUUGAUAAUCGGGGGUCCUCCACUUCUGGCUAAAUCCAUCUGGAUAUCGGGAGUGGGAGGCGAAAAAAGAAGGGGGAAAGAAGUAGAAGCCCAGUUGUGGGGAGAGGAGGAUAAACUGGAUAGGUAGAUAAUUCUGGUAAAAGGAAGAGGGGAAACAUUUUCAGAAAGAGUUUCCUGUUCAAGGUAGAUCUGCCCAGAGGAGAAUUGUGCUGGAGACUUCUUCCCCUCCUAGUACCUAUAUAUAUAUAUAUAUAUGGUAGUAAAGCACAGAAGGGUUGUGAGGAGGCUGAGGGGGUGCAAUGAAGGCUGAAUAGACCGGGAUUUAAAAUCCCUUUUUUCACAAUUACUGUGGAAGCCUGUGGAUGUGCAAUAUGUGGUCGGCGGAAACCCCUUGUAAGCUUGGGGGUUGGACCUGGCUGAUUUGUAAAGGUCCCUUCCAACCCAACCCAUUCUGUGAAUUGUAGAUCCACACUGGAUUAUGCCUUUGGCCCCUGGGAGUGGGCAGCACUUGAACAGUGGUGUGGUUUAACACCCGCUGGUAACAGAGUGCCGCGCAGCCGUUGGCUCCCUCCCUCCUCACCCAGGGAGGUGGAGAGGAGAAUCGGAAAAGAAUGUAAAACUCAAGGGUUGAGAUGAGAACAGUUUAACAAUUGAGAUAAAAUAGAACCAAAAGAACAAUAAUAAUAAUAACAGUUAUAAUGAAAAGGACGGAGACUGGGAAAGGAAUGAAAUUCAAAGGGAAGGGAGAAAAGAAAACCAGUAAUGCACAACUACUUACCUUUUGCUGACUGAUGCCCAGCCAGUCCCUGAGCAAUGAUAAGCAGGCCUGGGCAUCCCCCCACAAGUUUAUGUACUGAGCGUGAUGUCCCAUGGUAUGGAAUACCUCUUUGGCUAGUUCAGGUCAGCUGUCCUGGCUGUGUCCCCUCCCAAUUUCCCAGUGCCUGUGCCACUCCAGCCCUCUGGCAUUGCCUGAAAAACCAAGAAGUCUGACCAAACCGUUCCCACACCAAAUGCAAAACACGGUACUGCACUAGCCACCAAUAAGAAAAUGAACUCUGUCCCAGCCAAAACCAGGACAAGUGACAAAUUGAUUAUGUGGACCCCCUUCAAGAGGUUGAAGGAGGGUUUGUAUUAUUUGCUAUUGAUGGAACAGCAAGAUGGACAGAGGCAACAGCAGUGGGUGAGGCCGCUGCUAACACCGUGGUUUGGUGUGUAUAUGAAGUAUUGAGCGAAUGUCCUGCAGUCAUAAUUGAUUGAGAUAAAGGAAACCACUUACCAGAUGCAGCAGUCCAGAAGUUCCCGGGAUGAGUAGAGGUACGUCAGUUAACUCACAUUUCCUACCAUGCACAGUCCUUCGGAGUGAUGGAAAGAGCUAAUAGGUCCAUCAAGGAGAGACGGAAGCUGAUUGAUGAAGAAAGAAGACUAAGCUGGAGCAGUUCUGUCUGUGUGCUGGGCCAUGGGAACAAAGUGCUCACCAGGUACUGCUGCAGCCCUUAAGAGCUGGUCUGUGGCCCUGCCCCACAGACAGACAUCCUCUGUGGUGAUGCCAGUAAGCAGCUGUGUGCCUACGAUGCUGAUUUGAUCCUGGAGCAGGGAGCACAGGCCCAUGCCGCACUCCGGUGUCUCACAGCUGAGGACUGGCAUGCCAGUAUAAAGCAACAUGGAAAUCAACCCCUGGUGGGAAAUGUGGUCCUAUGCACAUCCCAGGAAAGAUGUCAAAGGAAUUUUAAUACAAGACCUGGAGAUGAUGGGGAUGACCUCAGCUGUUUGGUUUCCCAGUAAUAAGCGUUUGUUAAUAGUCCUUCCACAAUUAAGUGUCUUUACCUGUAAGAGAGCGAAGACUGGACAAAAAGAUGGAACUAAUAAAUUAGAUAUUCAGCUUGGGUCCCCACAUGGGUCAGCCACAGAAGUUGCAUGGGAUACAACUGGUACCUCUGCAACCAGUGUAACAAUAAGGGGAUGCAGUUGCAUCACCUGAUACGCUCAAAAUUGUUCAAAUGAUGCAGAUUUAGUUUUGGCCACUGAGCCUAUCCAAAACUAAAAUCACACCAUCUGCAAGUAUCUACAAACCCUGUAGGACAGUAUCAAUGUUAAUUCUGUAAGAUGGGGAAAGAAAUGGGGAAUUGAUGUGUGAGGCAUGAACUAUUCCAGAACGCAUCCAGAGUGUGACCUGUACGUAUGUGGGUUGUGCCUCUCCUAUGAUUGCAAAGUCUGCAACCUUGGAGGUACUAAAAAGCUAUCUGGAGACUAUCCUGGGCAGCUGGCUCUAGGUGACCCUGCUCGAGCAGGGGCUUGGACCAAACAGCUUGAAGAGGUCCCUUCUAACCUUGGCCAUUCUGCAAUUCAUUUUAUGAAAAUGGCAGCAAUUUUGGAUCAUAUACAAGGUAGAUGGAUAACAAACUUCAGAUUGUCGUUUGAUGCAACAGCAAUGAUAACUACCUGGGAUAACCAAAUAUGGCACAUGGUAAAAGCAACUGCCAAAUUAAAAAAAACAAACCAACAAACUAGAAGCGAUUAAAUUCAAUAAUAUCUCUAUUGUACUCAUGCUCAGUUGUUAGCUGUUAAAACAAUUUUUUCAGAUGGGUUAGCUCUGUUCUCAUGGUUAUUACAACGAGAUCCCUUAUUACAAGGGAAGUUUCACCAACCGCUGUUGCAAAUGGACAACUAAAAGAAAUGUACAUACUAGUUCUGCACUGUUGGUUGUGGACCACCGGAGAUAUUGUCACAUGUCAGUGGAGAAGUCAGUGUGGGAACGCUGGUGGUGUUUGGUAACAGUGCGGGCUGCGUAUGCGUCACCUCACCUGUAAUGGGAGAGCAGGAGGAUAACAUGACCUCUGUGGCUCCAGGAGAAGACCAAAGAUGUGGCACUACAUCUGUCAGUGGCGUACAUUCAUUUGCCUGUUCUCAAAACAGGGUUUUGUUCCAGAUCGAGGGACUAAGGACAUCUGUCUGGGAGCUGAGACGCCUCGCUGGGAUGAGGUGUUCAGCUGGCAUGACAGCAUACAGAAGGGAGCCGUGAAAUCGGAGAGCAGACAAGUUGCAAGCCUGAGGACCACCUUGGGCAAGUAAGGACCUGUCAGAACCAGAGACUGAAAUUGUGAACUCUACAUUGUUGGUAUGUGUCUGUGGGUUUGUUUCCAAAAGUACUGCUAUGCAGCACUUAAUGCAGUUAAUCCUGUACUUGUUACUGGUUUUAAUAGAAGUCAUGUUCUUUAUUUUUCUGUAUAUGCUUUGCUCGUUUCAAAAGGAAAGAAUGUGCUCAUGUGCCUAGCUGAACAUCUUGCAUGCGUUGCUAGCCUAACAGUUGUGGUGGCUUCCAGCUGGAAAGGGUUGAGCUUAUGAGCACCUGGAGUGGUCUGAACAUCCUUGGAGGAGGUCAGGCAGACCAGGGGGUGGCUUGUGAGCAAGAGGUCCCACUGGACCAUGCAGCCGCACAGAGCUGAGGCCCCAGCAGUGCUGGCAGAUGGGUGACAGAUGCCUCUGCUGAUGCUCUCCUGUAUGUGAACUGGCAGAUAAGGUCCUGCUGCCACUUAGCUUGCAUGGGAAUCAAGGCUAAGGUGGAAUAGUUGCGUAUUGCAGCAGGUAAACUAAACCUAAUGGGACAGCUAUGGGGGAGUCGUGGGGAGCCAGGCUGCCCGCAGUGGGUAUCCCUGCCAGUAACACAGUGUAAGGCUGCGAGUGCCAGUGUAAUGGCAUCAGAACUGUCACAGCUGGGUAUGGCUGUAGCAAAAUGGCUGUGGGGCCAAUGGAGACUAAUUCAUCAGGGGCAGGUUGUUUAUUUGGGAGGCGUUUGGUUACAGGAGAGGAGGUGGCAAAAACAGUGGGCCCUGAUGCUGAAGAGUGAAGGAUGAGGUAUGAAGUCUACUGAAGACCAGAUGGCUCCUGCUGAUGGUCGGAGUGUGGAUGCUGACGGCUGGUAGUAACACUGACCUGCAGACUCAAGCCCUGGGAGGCUGGAAGGUGUCGCCUGGGAUAACCCCUUGGACUUGUUCCAUCAGGUCUCUGGCUGUAUGUUAUGGCAUGGGGGAACAAACAUGCACCUCGGGACUUACAAAACUGUCAUUGUGGGUUGGCUGUGUGUGAGAUCCGUUAGAUCUUGGAUCAGAGAUCUAGUCUCUCUAAUCUAAUGAAUAAGAGUUUGUAACUUCAUAGCUGUGCCUUACAGAUUCCAUAAAUACGUAGCUUGAUCAGUGG